AACUUAUUAAAUAGUUUGUUAUGUCUCUGAAACCAAAAGUUGUAAAUUUUGAAGAAAAAUGGAAGGAAGUGAGUCGAGUUGUUCAUAUUUUGAUGAACAAUAGUGAAAAUUUAUCGAGAAAUGACUGGCUCGACAGUUUUUCUCUAGUCUAUACGUUAUGUACUGCCGCAGGCAGUGAAACUAUGUUCGAAAGAACUUAUUUCCAGACAAAAACUCUGAUGGAGACGCAUGUUGAUCAGAUCAAAGAAGAAAUUCUGGAGGCAGAAGACAAACUGUCAAUGUACCAAGAUAAAUGGGACAAGUUCUACAGAGGAUCUCAAUAUGUGAACCAAUUCUACACCUACAUGAACAAACAGCACAUCCACCCAAACAGAAACCCUGCCACAGAGUCCAGAUAUGGAAUAGAGUACAAUCGAGAGAAACCCAACAAAGAGAUAGGCGAGAUGGCGUUGGACGUGUGGCGCCACAGACUGUUGGAGACAGUGUCUAGCCAGAUCAUAGGAAUACUCAUGGAGAGGAUCAAGAGUGAGAGGGAGGGCAAUAUGCAGAGGGAGUCCAUGGUAAGGGAUGUGAUACAGUCAUUCGUCCUAGUCGACUCCUAUCUAGCUGAGAAGUUCCAUCUCGGCACAUACCAGACUUACGUGGAAAAGAGGUACUUGGAGGAAGCGGAGGAGUUUUACAGAGAAGAUGCGAACAAACUACUGUCCACUCAUUCCUGCUCGGAGUACAUGGUGGUGGUGCUAGACAGACUCUCGGACGAGCAGCGCCGAUGUCAGAAGUACUUACACAAGUCCUCGGUGGUCUUGGUUUUAGAACGCCUCAGUGCUCAGAUGGUCAAAGCACACCUCACUUUUCUACAGUCUGAGAUUAGUGAUGUGUUGAAAAACGAAAGAUGUUCGGACCUGAGAAAUAUGUACAAGCUAUUCAAACCUGACAAAUCGGCCAUUGAGCCUCUGAAUGAAGCGUUCUACCAGUUUGUAAAAGAAAGGGGACUCGAUGAGUUGAAAACUUUACUGCAAAGUGGCCAAGAACAGAACGAUGCUUGGCUGGCGAAGAACUUCGUAGAGUCUGUUCUUAAAGUACACUCACAUUUCUCAGCCCUAAUCAAGGAGUACCUAGAUUCAGACCAGCAGUUUUCAUCGUCACUGGACAAGGCUUUCAUGGUUAUUGUGAACUUUAAAGACGAAAAUUCAAAGCAGUCUAGAUCAAGUGAGUUGCUGGCUAAGUACUGUGACUUUCUUCUGAAAAGAAACAAAAUAUCAGAGUGUGAAGUUGAUGAGAAGUUGGCGAUGGCAGUGACUGUGCUCAAGUAUAUCGAGGAGCCAGACAUGUUCCAGAAGUUCUACCAGAGGAAUCUGGCCAGAAGACUCAUUCAGAACCUGUCCAUUUCCAUGGAUACUGAGGAGUACAUGAUUAAACAACUCAAGAAUGCGUGUGGCUUUGAGUUUAUCAACAAACUCAACAGGAUGUUUACUGACAUUGGCAUCAGCUCAGAUCUGAAUCAGAAGUUCGCAGACUAUCUCACCCAGAAGCAGCUCACAGCUCUCACUCCUUUCCACAUCCAUGUAUUAUCCGCAGGCUUCUGGCCCCUCAACCAGACUCCGGCUAUUUCUGUGCGGAUUCCAGAAGAUAUCCAGAAAUUUGUGAACCUGUUCAAAGAAUUCUAUGACGAUAAAUUCACUGGCCGGAGGUUAUUUUGGCUCCACCAUCUGAGCUCUGGCGACAUAACCAUGCGAGGCUUCAAGAAGACAUACAUUGUUAAUAUGUCCACUUAUCAGUUCGCGGUGCUGAGUCUGUUCAACCGCAACAGCGCCCUCACAGCCGGCGAAAUAGGACUGGCCACAGACAUCUCACACGAGAAUAUACAGAAAGUGGUGGACUCCAUGAGCACAGCAGGUGCCAAAAUAUUGUCAGUGACGUCACCUAAUAAUGAGUUCACGGAAGCAUCUGUAGUUCGCAUCAACGAAGACUUCAGCAACAAACUAGUCAAGUUCAAACUGAGUUUGGCGAUUCAGAGAGAGACGGAAAAGGAGAUCCAACAUGCACGGAGUUCAGUCGAGGAGGACAGACGCAUGUUCCUCCAGGCGGCAAUUGUGAGAAUCAUGAAGAGUCGCAAGACGAUGAAACACAAUGAGUUGGUCCAGGAGGUGGUGAAACAAUCGGCUGGAAGAUUCCAGCCCAACUUCGCAAACAUCAAACGAGCAGUUGAGGGUUUGAUUGAGAAAGCAUAUUUGGAAAGGAGUUCAACUAUCAAUGAUGUUUACGAAUACGUAGCAUAGUGCCCCCGCUCCUCCAUUUUAGCUACCAGCCGUUUUGAUUGAUUAACUAUGUGUAAAUGCGUCUGCCACCAUCUGGCAUUAGGUAAAUUAGCAAAUUAUUCUCCUCUUCUCUUACCGUAUGCAAUAGUUUAUGUCAAUUCUGACUUUUUUGUGAAAUUAUCAAGCCAAAUUUUAAGGUUUUGAAUCGAA